CUUUGUGUCAACAGUUGGCAAUGUCAAUUAGACUUUUAUUGUAUACCAAUCUCAUUUUUCCCAAAACAGUGAUCACUUAAUCCGAAAUAGUGCAUAUUCGACAUAUAAGUUCGAAAAUGAUGAACAGAGAUAUAGAGGAUUUUUUCGCUGAAGAAGAAACAAUAGUUCAGUCGGCGGUCGCAAGGAAAGAAAUGCAUACUCAAUACCAAAAGGCAAAAGUGAAAUACUUUGAAACAAGAAAUGCGGCACUUCAAGGUUACUAUUUGCGUCUAUCCUGGGAAUCAAAAAAGAAGUUUCUCGUCAAUUUGCUGAGCAAACUUCGAGGUCUUAACACCAUUCUUCAUAUACUGCAUUUGAUGGCUGUCAGAGCAUUGAAAGUCGUUACUUACGACUUUGUGGAUCCGAAUACGGAAGCAAUCCAGGAUAAACUUUUGCUGGAUCAUAACAGAAUGCUGGAUCCAGACGUUUUAAAGCAAACUAUAGAUGAUGAUAUCGAGUGGUUUACUACACUUACCGAAGAAGCUCAAGUAACAGUUUUCCUGGGAUUACUCCGACUAACGGGUGGUGCUGCAAAAAGAGCCAUGUAUAUCCCAGUUUGGAGACGUUACUUCCAAUUGGUAAAAGAGAUGAACUUAUUAAUGGCAUGUGAUAAGACAACUGUGACAGAUGGUGGAGAUUAUAUAUGUUAUAUAAAAGUUGCGUUCGAUGAAGACGAAUUUGAUGCCAACCGCCCUGCUGAUGUGGAGGUGCGAAGACUUAGAAUGGAAUGGGAACAAAUGAUUGAGGCAUAUAAAAGAGAUGUGAAUAAAACUACAGAAUUUCUGAGAUCGGUAGUUGGCAUCAAAAAAGGACCAAAAAAGCAGGAGGACAAAGAUGACAAAGAUUCGAAGGAGAAAGUAAAGAAAAAAGGCGAUAAGAAGAGUAAAAAAGAAAAAUUCGCAAAAGCUGUCCAGGCUGAUGAAAAGAGUGAAAUAGAUGUUAUCCAGCUGCUUCCUAUAUGGACUGUGAAGAGGAUAUUUAAUUUCUUAGAUGUGAAAUCUUUGCAAAAUUGCAAAAAGGUCAGCAAAUACUGGGCCUACGUUGUUCAAGAAAUGAUGAAAGAGAUGAAAGCUAGACAGCAAAUAAACAAACAACUAGCAAGUAUUAAACAGAGUGUCGGUGAGGAUAAAAUAAACGAAAUAAGGGAACGUCUAAAGAACCAUACAUCAAAUGUACGUAAAAAGAACAAAGACAUCAGGCACUAUGACUUGGGCGCUGUUGCAGAAAAACUGCUGCCAGAACUGAUCAAAACGAACCUAAAAGAAACGUCACUAUUGCAAAAAGCCGUGAAACAAAUGCCAGACGAGUUCGGAGAAAACGUGGCACUUACCACAUUCCCAAGAUUAAUAAAAAGCGAUAUGGAUAUGUACAGGUUCAAGUCAUGCUUUAUGAGAGAUGUUGCCGUCCACUUUGAUGUGGAAGAAGAUGUAAAAAGGCAGAAGUCGCUACUAACUUACUCUUUACAAAGUAUCGUCGAUAGCUUGAAACUCGAUGUCGACCAGAGUCUGUUGGCAGAUUGGUAAAUUUGAAUCAUCCACCCUGCCCUUGCAGUGAAGUAUUUGAACAAAAAUGACUACUGAUAAUGCUCAACUCACAGGUUUGCUCUCAAGGCAUAUGUAAUGUAUAAAAUAAAAUUUUAGUACCCUUGAUA